GGAAAGAAAAUAAAUUGUCUAGGCAUGGUCUCUGAGAAAACAGAAUAUCAAAGGGAAUGACAACUACGCACAUGGUGAUUAUCAAGACAGAAAGUCAUUUGGAAAAGUCUGAUUGCUAACCUAGACUCUGUGGAAGAGGUUAGCCAAAAGUGAUUCAUAACUGCGUGAGCUCAUCAACAGAAAGUGCCUUUCAGACGACGUCCCCGCCUGGAACCUUCUCUGCGGUCCACAUGUGCACGGCCCAGGCCCAGUCCCCUUAAGACCAGGCCUGCGCAGCAUCAGGGGACAACUCUGCAGCAACUCCUCGGUCUCCUGUUGACUUUUGCACAACAAGCAAGGGAUCCAAAAGGAGAGAUUUACUGUGGAGACGUGAAGAUCUGCCAGCAAGGACAACACUGACAAAUUACUAGAAGUUGGCAAAGUCAAUAGUAACCAGUCUGCAUUGAUAUUCUAUCAAGGGACUCUAUUGCCCAGACAGCUUAUUUAUGGGUUCUGUCAGUGGAGGAAAAGCCACUUGAAUGUACCACAUAGCAAGGCUGUUUCCCUUGCCAGUGGUCUGCUGUUGGUGUAAACUGAUUGAUGCCUGAUUUCUAGCUGAUCAAUUAUCUCCGCCUGGCUGACACUGUGGGGGAUCAUCUGAUGACUUCAUGAUUUGAGAACUUCUCAAACUCACAAAUCAAGCAGACUCAAAAGUUCAAAACCUCUGGCAAGGCGUGGUGAAACUCUGAAAUACAGUCAACCAGUUUUGAAAUACCACAAGGGUUUGGACAUGGCUUUAAAUAUGUCUUCGAUUAGAGACACAAAAUGGCUGACAUUGGAAGUGUGUCGUCAGUUUCAGAGAGGAACUUGCUCACGGAGUGAUGAGGAAUGCAAAUUUGCACACCCACCAAAGAGCUGCCAGGUCGAAAAUGGAAGAGUUAUAGCCUGCUUCGACUCGCUAAAGGGUCGAUGUUCUAGAGAAAAUUGUAAGUACCUUCAUCCACCUUCGCAUUUAAAAACCCAGCUAGAGAUUAACGGACGGAACAACCUCAUCCAGCAGAAAACAGCCGUCGCCAUGCUGGCCCAGCAGAUGCAGUUCAUGAUCCCAGGAACCAGCAUGCAGCCAGUAGUAAGUUACUCAUACUCAGUCCCUUCUUUUUCUAUGAGCCAAGGACUUGGUCAGAGCCCUGGACUUAGCUAUGCUCCUUACAUGACCCCCAUGAGCCACGGGAUGGGGCUUGUCGCCGCGGACAUGCUUCCCAGCGCCCCAGUCAUCAUCCCUGGCAGCCCCCCCAUCAAUGUCCAGAGCUCCUCGUCCUCCUCGUCCUCACAGAAGAUGCUGCGCACAGACAAACUUGAGGUGUGCCGGGAGUUCCAGCGGGGCAACUGCGCUCGGGGCGAGACGGACUGCCGCUUCGCCCACCCCAGCGACAGCCCCAUGAUCGACACCAGCGACAACACGGUGACCGUGUGCAUGGACUACAUCAAGAGCCGCUGCUCCCGGGAGAAGUGCAAGUACUUCCACCCCCCUGCACACUUACAGGCCAAAAUCAAAGCUACCCAGCACCAGGUCAACCACACUGCCGUGGCGGCCCAGGCAGCAGCAGCCAUGACUCAGUCGACUGCCAAAGCAAUGAAGCGACCCCUCGAGGCAACUGUAGACCUGUUUCCCCACGGCCUCCUGCAUCCGCUACCAAAGAGACAAGCACUGGAGAAGAGCAACGGGGCCAGCUCUCUCUUCAACCCCAGUGUUUUGCACUACCAGCAGGCUCUGGCCAAUGCACAGCUCCAUCAGCCUGCAUUCUUUCCCACAGGCUCAGUCUUGUGCAUGACUCCUGCUUCCAGCAUGGUCCCCAUGAUGUACAGCGCUACGCCUGCUGCUGUCUCUGCAGCCACUACUCCUGCCACAAGCCCCUACGCAGCAACAGCUCCGGCCAAUCAGAUCAUCCUCAAGUAACCAACAGGAAAAGAACAAAUUGUCGAGAUGCUGCCCUCAAAGGCUCUAAACAUCCUUUCUGUAAAUACUACAUCUGCUCCACAUGAGAACUACAGCAACCUGCAUGCUGACAAGAAGAUUACUGAGGAAAUGUUGUAAACAUAACCUUGAGCUAUGUGAAAUAUACAAAUUAUAUAUCAGAAUUAUAUACCUAGGACUAAUACUGCUUUACAGAUAUUUAAAUGUCACAAGAUUACUUUAUGUACCGUAUAUACAUACACACUAUUGGGGAUUGUGAAGAUUUAAUUGUUAUUGAACAAUUAUAUUGUUUCUUUUUUCCUUUUUAAUGUUUCUUAAAAGUGCACAACAUUCACAUGAACUCACAGAGCAACAUAAAACUCACAUAAAAAAGUGUAUAUCUAGUGCUAGAUUUGACAUUUUAACACAGACCAUUGGAAAGAGCACUAAUGUGUUUACCCCAUACUACCUGCACUUGGCUUAUGACUCAGACUGGAGGAAGAGGCCUUCUUGCUCUUUGAGAAUAUGAAUGUCACAGAGGAUGCGUUUCCACCUAUUGUUACUCUACUUUUAAACAGAAUCACUGCUCCCCUCUCCUCAUGCGUGCCUUUGCCUCUCCAGGAAGGCUGGUCAAGGGACAACUCAUUCAGUCAGCCACCUGGGCUGGUCCUCCCCUACUGCAGCCCCAAAUAGUGUCAUUAACAGCCGGACGUACGGUGGACUCCAGAAUUCACCUUGUCUUUUUUUUUAUUAAUCACGUCCCACACUGCUGUGUUGGUGUAGGAUAGACAGGCUUCCUGCUGUACAGCUGCAGGACAGGGUGUUGUGGGUGCCGUCAGGUCACCAGGGUCUGGAGAGGAGCUGAGAGGCUGACUAGGUGUAUGAUGACCCGGCAGGCGAGGGGGGGGUGGGGGGGGAAUAACACCACAAGGACCACCGCCCAGGAGGGUUAGGGUGGAAAUACUUUAGACUAAAGGCAGAUAGAUGGUUCUGGGUAAAAGGGGUGAUUCGCAAGGUAAUCUUGAGGUGGUGGGGAAAGUAGUUUGUCAACCCUGUUUUAUUUGAAUUGUAGAAGUGCCUAAAGUACAUAGCAAGCAUCAGGAAAAGGCUUUGUUGAGUUUGAGAGUGUUGUAACCUCACUCAUGACUCAUUAGAAUCUAAGAAUGAAGAACUCUGUUAGUCUGCCGCCAUCAGCUCAGCAACCCUGGGCCUACUAGAUCUGGAAGCGAAUAAGUGUUUGUGUGAUGCUGAUUCAGUGCAUUAGUACUUUUUGUACACUUGGUUAGUUUUAGUGCUUUAGUAACUUGUCAUGGACUUCCAUGAAAGUUUGCAUUUAUUGUGUCACAGAUUUGAUUAUGCCUCUGCAAUAUUACUUUGUUUCUUUUGUAAGAUGGACAAGUUGAGUUCCUUAUAAAUACUUUUCAGUUAGGGAAAUGGAAGUAAUAUGGUAGAAAGGUUUGUGUCUGAGUGUUAGUUAUUCAUUUGUCUCAUUUUGUCUUUCUCAAAAACCAACAUUUGUUGCAUUUAACUUACAGUCUAACAUCUUUCAGGUAGAAAUUAUCACAAAAUAAUGUAGUGUGUUUGUAAUAAGAUGUGGUCUAAUAAUUAUCAAACUGUGCAAUGAAACUUGUUCAUACUGAGACAUGGUCUGUGCUGUGUUGAAAAUAUGCAUAUUCACACAGGUCCAAAUUCACUCUGAAUUUAACCUGUCAAAAAUUAGGAACUGUCAUUUAAGACUAGACUGAAAACAAAUCUGAAACAUGAACCUGUCCAUCACCCCCUUGAUUCUUCCUCGUCUCUGACAUUUAAAGUUUGUGUACUGUACGUGCAAAUGCUUAGUUCACAGCCCUUUGUGUUUUGUCUCAUUUUGAUUGCGUGAAAGCAGUGUGUCUGUAAAAAAAACACAAAAAAACGUUGUACACAAUGAUGUUGUUUUGUUUGAUGAACCUCACCACUCCCUGACAAUCCACUGAAGCCCCAUCACACCUGUCCUCACCACCUACAUCCUUUAACAUCACCUUUAUUUUAGAAGUCUAAUUUUAAGCAACUCUUGAUGGAAAUAUAUGGAAUAUACAGUAGUCUUAUUUGUUUAACAUUAGUAUUAGAACAAUAUUGUAACCUAUAUUCUAUUUUAAAAAAUGAAUGUAAUUUAUUAAACUGAGCUUUGCUCUGCUGGAGGUUCCUCAAAGGGGGUUGUCCUGUCACUCUAGCCUACUAAAAGCCGUCUGUGUACAAGGGAAGAUGUGUUAAAGCUACCAGUGCUGGGCUUCCUCAACUCCACCUUGUCUCUGCCUUGUCAUCUGCAGGGAGCUUGAAGAGAAGGAGGCGUCAGAAACGUCUCCGCUCUGCCUCCCAGAGUGGCAGAAGUGUUGGCUAGAAUGUAAAUGUAUGACGCCUUUGACGCUUCCUUCUCUUGCUGUUUCUCUGUCAUCUACACAGGACAACAAACUGCAGUACGAGCGAGGCGAUAGAAUUGGUUUUAUUAUGUUAAAGAAAAGCAUACAAAAAAAACACAAAAAAAUGGUUUAUUGUCACAUUUUACCCCCCAAAAAAGAAAGAAAAAAAGUAUUGAACUUGCUUUUCAUUGUAGUAUGGUAUGAUUUCAUAAUUUGUUGCUGUGUCAAACUGAAGUUGCAAUGAUGGAAACUCUGUAUUUUUGUAAAGGAUGUCUUGUUAUGUUUGUUUUCUAGAGCACUCUUAACACAAGAUUGUAUUGCCAUAAAGAACAUUUCCUAUUCUAUGGCAAAUUGCAUACAACAUGUACUUUCUGUUUCUUAUUGCCUUUGUAUCACACUAUAUUAAUUUUACAGUUAAGAUAUAAGGGCCCUUAUGACAUCUAAUAUUUCUAUCUUCUCCCACCAAAAAGCUCAGUUUCUGUAUCUGCUGACCGGAUGUUUGAUGUCAUGAGGUUGUGUUUGAUGGUUGUUAGCUGUUUAGAAUUGCACUUUGUUACAAGAAUAUAAUUAUUUUCCCAUUGCGGAUAAUACAACUUCGUCUUGGGUAUGGCAAACUGGAUUUCCUUAAAUUAUGUCAACUGUUAACAGAAGACACGUUUUGCAAGAAAAUACUAUUAUAAAAAUAAUUGUUCAUUUCAAGUUGUCAGACUUCAUUUCAAGUUAAAAUAUAAUUACAUUAUACUGUAAAUACAUCUGCAGAUGCAAUGAAUUUGAGAUUUGAGGCCAUCCAUUCAAAAGAGUUAAGGACAGUCAGAAUGUUUCAGUUUACUGACCCAGUGGUAACGUGAUUCCUGAGCACUUUCUGGACAGUGGAUAUACUGGGCAGACAAGCUUAUGUGUGAACUUUGCCUUACCUUUGAUGUUUCGUGCUUCAGUUUGUAUGUGUUAGCUUGGGCUCAUGAAAUAUAAGGAUUGUGAUUAGUAUGAUCAGUGAAAUACGCUGUUUAAUUCUCACUCUUACAGGAGUUUUUAUUUGUGGCCAAAACAAAAUUGUAUGAGGCGCAGUCUAACAAUUUCCUGAGAAAAGCUUGAUGAAGAGAGAAGUAGCACGCGUGCCAUUGUGAAUGGUUGUGCUAAUGUUACUGCAGGAUUGUGGUGAGGCUACUGUGUCCGUAGCACAUGGCUCCAUCAGUGAUGCUGUACUGUAGACCUGUGCUCUAUGGAAGAGGGAGAGUACCCUUUCUCAGUUUUAAUUAUGUUAUGUGACAAUUUUCAAUGUUUUAUUUGUGCAUACUUACGUGCUCUUUUAUGUUAUAUAGAGUAGUUUUGUUUUUUGGUAAAUCCAAAUUUGUGUAAAGUCUAAUGUUAAAACAAAAAAACAAAUAAAGGUUUAAGUAUA